GUGAUGAGCCAGCAAACUAGCCAUCCUUAUUAUUAUGAUGAUGAUGAUAAUGAUGAUGAUGAUAAUGAUGCUGUUGGCAAGAAAAAAGAAAUAAUGGUGGUUGACCAGAUUGACACGCUGACAUCUGACCUGCAGCUGGAGGAUGAGAUGACAGACAGUUCCAAAACAGACACUCUCAACAGCAGCUCCAGCAGCACCACAGCUUCCAGCUUGGAGAAAGUCAAGGUGCGGGGUAGCGCACCGCUGAUCAAGCCUCCCGCGCACCCCUCCGCUAUCCUCACCGUGCUGAGGAAGCCAAAUCCGCCCCCACCUCCACCACGACUGACACCAGUCAAGUAUGACGAGCCUCCAAGGCUGCCUCCUUCAGCCAACCCGGUCAAGACUAAUGGCACCCUGCUGCGAAAUGGGGGCUUGCCUGUCGGGCCCAACCGCAUUCCAAAUGGAGAUAUGUGCUGUAUACCGAACAGUAAUUUGGAGAAAGUUGCCAUGCAACCGCCUCUGAUGCACAGACCUGAGAAAGAGCGGUGUCCUCAGCCGGGAGCAAGAGAACGGGUACGAUUUAGUGAAAAAGUGCAGUACCAUGGCUAUUGCCCCGACUGUGAUGUUCGGUAUAACAUUAAAAACAGGGAGGUGCACUUGCACAGCGAGCCUGCCCGUACUGUGGGAAAGCUGCCUCACCAGUGCCCUCCCCUGCCGCCUCCACCACCUCCGCUGCCUCCAAUUCCUCUGGAAAAUGGAGGGUUGGGGAUAAGUCCCAGUAAUAGCUUUCCUCCUCCAAGACCUGCGACUGUGCCUCCACAAACUGCGCCAAAACCCCAGAAGACCAUCUUGAGGAAGUCAACCACCACAACAGUGUGA